AUGGCGUACCGCGGGGGGAACGGCGGGAACGAUUAUGAUGCCCAUGACGGCCACAACAUGCAGGACCUUCCUGCUGGCUCUGGCAGAUACCACAUCCCUCCCCAAGACGAAGGUGUCGACGAUGCCGGUCAGUCUCUUCUGAGAGACCCUCACGCCCCAGCUCCCUAUGAGAGCCACCUGGGACCUGCCGAGACUCCUGGCCGCCCGGUUUCCGCAUACUCUCUCACAGAAUCAUACGCUCCUGGCGCUGGCUCCCGGACACCAGUUCCUGGCGAAGCUGCCUUUUCUACUGGCUACCGCUCCGAGCUCGACUCCGACAAUGGCGGCUUCGGAUAUGGCCGUCCCGCCUCGACUGUCGGCGAUGUCGAGGACAGCUGGGUCCGCAGACAGCAGCCCGGUGGCCCCGGUGGUGGUCUGAAGCGUUACGCGACCCGUAAGAUCAAGCUUACUCAGGGCUCCGUCCUGAGCAUUGACUACCCCGUCCCCAGUGCCAUCAAGAACGCUGUUCAGCCCAAGUACCGCGAUGUCGAGGGCGGCAGCGAUGAAUUCCACAAGAUGCGCUACACCGCCGCUACUUGCGAUCCUAACGACUUCACCCUCAAGAAUGGUUACGAUCUGCGUCCCAGAAUGUAUAACCGACACACUGAGCUGCUCAUUGCCGUCACAUACUACAACGAAGACAAGGUCCUCUUAUCGCGUACCCUCCACGGUGUCAUGCAGAACAUUCGCGACAUCGUAAACCUCAAGAAGUCUACUUUCUGGAACAAGGGCGGUCCCGCCUGGCAGAAGAUCGUCGUCGCCCUGGUUUUCGACGGUCUCGACAAGACUGACAAGAACGUGCUGGACGUCCUGGCCACCAUUGGUGUCUACCAGGAUGGUGUCGUGAAGAAGGAUGUCGACGGCAAGGAGACGGUGGCCCACAUCUUCGAGUACACCACCCAGCUGUCCGUCACCCCCAACCAACAGCUCAUCCGCCCGGUUGACGAUGGCCCAUCAACUCUCCCGCCUGUUCAGUUCAUUUUCUGUCUGAAGCAGAAGAAUACCAAGAAGAUCAACUCCCACAGAUGGCUUUUCAACGCCUUCGGUCGCAUCCUGAACCCCGAAGUCUGCAUCCUCAUCGACGCUGGUACCAAGCCCAGUCCCCGAUCGCUGCUCGCUUUGUGGGAGGGAUUCUACAACGACAAGGAUCUCGGCGGUGCUUGCGGUGAGAUCCACGCAAUGUUAGGCAAGGGCGGCAAGAAGCUGCUUAACCCCCUCGUGGCGGUCCAGAACUUCGAGUACAAGAUCUCCAAUAUUCUGGACAAGCCCCUCGAGUCCUCCUUCGGAUACGUCUCCGUGUUGCCCGGUGCUUUCUCCGCCUACCGCUUCCGUGCGAUUAUGGGUCGCCCGUUGGAGCAGUACUUCCAUGGUGACCACACUCUUUCCAAGAUCCUCGGAAAGAAGGGUAUCGAUGGAAUGAACAUUUUCAAGAAGAACAUGUUCUUGGCUGAGGAUCGUAUUCUCUGCUUCGAACUGGUCGCCAAGGCUGGCCAGAAGUGGCAUUUGUCCUACAUCAAGGCUGCCAAGGGUGAGACUGAUGUUCCCGAGGGUGCUCCCGAGUUCAUCUCCCAGCGUCGUCGUUGGCUCAACGGUUCCUUCGCUGCCUCCCUCUACUCGCUCAUGCACUUCGGUCGCAUGUACAAGUCCGGCCACAACAUCAUCCGCAUGUUCUUCUUCCACGUCCAACUCAUCUACAACAUCCUCCAGGUCAUGUUCACAUGGUUCAGUUUGGGUUCCUACUACCUGACUACGACGGUUAUUAUGGAUCUCGUCGGCAACCCGGUCACUUCCGACGACGAGAGUCAGGUGCGCCACGGCUGGCCCUUUGGCGACACCGCGACACCCAUCUUCAACGCCCUGCUCAAGUACCUCUACCUCGCCUUCGUUAUCCUGCAGUUCAUUCUCGCUCUGGGUAACAGACCAAAGGGUUCUAAGUACACGUACAUUGCCUCGUUCAUUGUCUUCGGUCUUAUCCAGUCUUACAUCCUGAUUCUCUCGGCAUACCUGGUCGUGCAAGCGUUCCAGAAGCCCAUCAGCGAGCAGAUCAGCUUGGACUCUGGCGCAGACUUUGUUGCUAGUUUCUUCGGAGGUACGAACGCUGCCGGUGUUAUUCUUGUCGCCUUGGUUACUAUCUACGGUCUUAACUUCAUCGCAUCCUUCAUGUACCUCGACCCCUGGCACAUGUUUACCUCGUUCCCUCACUACCUGGUGCUCAUGUCGACCUACAUCAACAUUCUCAUGGUCUACGCCUUCAACAACUGGCACGAUGUGUCCUGGGGUACCAAGGGUUCAGACAAGGCCGAGGCGCUUCCUUCAGCCCAGGUCAGCAAGGGCGAGAAGGACGAAGCCGUUGUGGAGGAAAUCGACAAGCCACAGGAGGAUAUUGACAGUCAGUUCGAAUCGACUGUCAAGCGUGCUCUGGAGCCAUUCAAGGAGGAAGAGGAAGUCGAGAAGCCCGAUGUCGAGGACUCGUACAAGUCUUUCCGUACUGGUCUGGUCGUUUCUUGGCUCUUCUCCAACACCUUCCUGAUCAUCAUCAUCACGAGUGAUAACUUCAACUCGUUCGGCAUUGGCAAAUCCGCGUCCGCACGUACUGCCUCCUACUUCAGCUUCUUGCUGUACUCCACCGCUGUGCUCUCCCUGGUCCGUUUCUUCGGUUUCCUGUGGUUCUUGGGCAAGACUGGUAUCAUGUGCUGCUUCUCCAGACGGUGA